AUGAUCUACAACUUCGGCAACGAGGUCGACGUACCUCAAGUCGACCUGUUGACCUUUCUGUUUGAGUCGCGCCACUGUGCUGCUCAAGAGAGCACGCCUCUUCACGCCGAUGCGGACAAUGCGGCGACGACUUACACCAAAGCCGACAGCAGAGUCAUUGCGCAGCAAGUCGCUCAUUUCCUACGCGAGAACUAUGGGAUUGGCAAGAAAAGAACGGGUGACGAUAUCGUGGUCAGCUUUUGCAACGGCCAGGCCGCGCUUCCCUUCCUAUUCUACAGUAUCGUUGGCGCUCAGGGCAUAUACUCGGCGGCCAGCACGUACUUGAGUGCAGAGGAGCUCGCCAGCCAGAUCGCAGAUGGACCUGGCAAGUUGCUCGUCUGCAGCGAAGAUGUCAAAGACACCGCGGUGGCCGCUGCUACUGUCGUAGGACUCCCCCUGCGGAACGUGCUCGUUCUGACGACGAGCCCAACGCCAGCGCUCACUUCCGUCGACAAUAGCCCUUCGUGGUCUUUUGCUGCAAGCCAAAACACCUUGUCUUGGCCAGUCAUCACGGAUCCGUCCCUGUUGGCGUCCACGACGAUCUGCCUUGUCUACACCUCGGGCACCACCGGGCAGCCAAAGGGCGUGCGGAUUUCGCACGCAAAUAUGGUCUCUGAGGCUUUCCUCCCAGCGUACAUCAAUCGCCCUGUUUGGGACCAGUGGGCUGUCGAGGGGAAACCUUUCCAGUCGCGGACGCUUGCUCAUCUUGGGUGCGCGCACAUUUCUGGCGUGCAGGGCUAUUUUGUCAAUCCCUUUUACGAUGGGGGCCUCGUGUACUGGAUGCCCAAGUUUGACAUGAUGGACUUCCUCAAACACAACGCCACACUGCAGAUCACGACCUUUUUCUCCCUGCCCAGGGUGUACGCAGCUGUUGCGUUCCUACCCAGCAUCACGGACCAGCUCAAGUCGCUGCGCAUUGCCUACUCGGGCGGCUGGCCGCUUGACCCCCGUGUCUACCACACGCAAAAGCUGGGAGGUGAGGGGGAUAUGAUGGCGCUGUUGAGUCAGACGUGGGGUGCUACCGAGACGACUGGCGCGUCGACGCACAUGCCUCCUAGUAGGCGGGAUACGACAGGGAGCGUGGGUGGUCUCUUGCCCAAUAUGCUGAUGCGUCUUGUCGAUGAGGAGGGCAAAGACGUUCCGGCUGCCCAACAGGGCGAGGCUUGGCUUAUGGGUCCGAUCAUCACGCAAGGUUACCACAAAAACGCCGAGGCAGAUCGGAAAGCAUUCCACAAGGGAUGGUACCGGACAGGUGAUCUGGUUGAGAUCAAAGACGACCUGAUCUACGUCAAGGGGCGUGUCAAGGAGAUCAUUCGCGUCCAGGGCCAGUAUGUGCCGCCAGCUGAGCUCGAGGGCAUUAUCGUGCAGUAUCCAGGCGUAACUGAUGCAGCUGUUCUUGGUGUCGCAUUGCAGGACGAGGAUGGAGCUGAGAGUCAGGUUCCCCAAGCUCUGGUAGUUAUGAGGCCAGGGACGGAAACUACAGACGAUACUCCUCGGCUCAUUCAGCAAUUUGUGUCAGAUAGGGUCCAGGAGCACCAACAGCUGCGAGGUGUAAAGUUUGUGGACGCUCUACCGCGACACAUCAGCGGAAAACUGAUGAGGGACAAGUUGCCAGAGUUGCUGUAG